AUGCAAGCUCCUCCAGUCUACACUGCUGAGCGCACUAGCGCUGAUGCUCCUUCAGGCGUUUCCGAAGCACCGCCUGCGUAUUCUGCUCCAGACACAUUCAAUGUCGGCGGCAAGCAAACAAAGCGGCCAUUCGUCAAUGUUUCUCAACUGAAGGGCCAUCUGGCCCUUAUGCACGAAUUUGCGGAGCUCAAACUCAAGGUUGAAGGUCUUUCCGCCCAAGAGGCAACGGUGCAGCGUCUUCCUACAGAUAAAGAUAGGCGAUGGGCGUAUUUCGUUGGGUUGGCUGUGGAGAGAUUCGAGAAAUGGUGCAAAACCUUGGAACCUGCUGAGUAUGAGAAAGGCCUCGCGACGCUCCUGCCCCCGGUCGACGUUAUCAUGGUCUGGCACUCGUAUCUACUCAAUCCCAGUUGGUUUGAUGAGGAUGUCCUCCGACAUGAUGCACUCAAGGGGCUAGCUAAUGCGAGCAUUGCUUUUGGCGCUUCUUUGGAUGGUCAACUGAGCGAAAUCCUUUCUACUGAGCCGCUGCAACAGCGCCUGGACCACUGGCUCAAGGCCACACUUACCCCUUACGACCCAUUGGAGGCGUCUAGCCAAAUGGUUACCAAGGAAGUUGCUUGCCCAAGAUGCCGCGCCGUUGUUUAUGCUCCGUAUAUGACGGAAGAGGGAACCGGGUAUCUGCAGGAGGGCUUCAGUAUCGCGUGUUCUCGAGAUAAUUGCACCUGCGAAAUAACACGUGAUACUCUCGCUCUCCGCAAGUUUGCCAACGAUUUGGCAAAACCAGACACUGGUAAAGCACCUAGUAUGAUGGCCGGGACUGUCCAUACUGCGACUAAUGUCAAGGAUCUCAGUCGAGGACACAUUGUCAAAGCCACCAUGUUGCAAGCAUACAGCAUGAGGCGUCCGACAAAGACGGGAACCAAGGAACCUAUGUCGGACGAGCAAUAUGCUCUUUUCCUGAUGGAAAAGGCCAAUUGGCAGCUUAGUCGGCUGAAGUCUCUGUGUGCGAUGCAGAUGAAAGGUCAAGGUGGUCGACUGAUUGGCAGAAUCUCAAGCGCUUACUCAGAUGAUAAGAUCUUCUCCGUUGAGCUUGUUGGCUCCGUUCUUCGACAAGGCUCCUUUGUGGGCAAGAUGUAUGAUCUCCAGUGGACCCAACCGGGCUUUUUUGACAGCGCGGAGGAUGAAAUCGCGUUGCAGCAUACUAUUGCUCGAUAUCAUGCGUUCAUUGACCUCAUGUCCUCCUCGCCUGCCUCCUUCUUCGUCCCAACUCUCGACAUCGAUCUCGCCUGGCAUACUCAUCAAUUGCAACCCCGGAUUUAUGCCGAGGACACUACUAAAUAUGUCGGUCGCUUUAUUGACCACAGCGGCAAUGUCGAGGAGUCACUCCUAGCAACAUCUUUCGAUGUUACCUGCCGUGCUUGGAAGAAUCGUUUCGGCGUUUCUUACCAUCAUUGUGGAUGUCCACUUCCCGGAGAGACGCUUGGUCAGCGUCUCUCCCGCCUCGUUGGACAUGGUUCCAAUCCAUCAUAUCUUGUUCCUCCCAAUCGGGACGAUAUUCUAGCUGCCACCCACCCUUCUGACCACAAUGCGGUAUUUGCGUUUCAUCACAAGGCGCAAAGCGAAGCGGCACAACGGCGGCGUCGGGAGAAGAUCGCCAAGCGAGCCCAGCGAGAUGAGGCGAAUGGGACAAAGAAGCGUGACGUCGUCCAUGACCCGGCCUUCCUCGUCCCAGUGCCCCUUUACUAUGGGGCUGGUGUCGCUGGUUGCGCUGCUUUUGGAGGGAGUGUCGUGAAUGGAGGUAUUGGGGUGGGAGCUUGUGCUGCGGGAGUGGGAGCUUGUAGUUCUGGUAAUGCCGCUUGCGGUUCAGCUGGAGGUUGUGGAGGGGCUGGCUGUGGUAUGUUUCCAUAUCCGCUCAACCUCAUAUCGUUCGACUAA